ACGAGUUCAUGCUGCAUCACUUUCAUGCACAUUUAAUCGCUUGGGGAACAAAUGUCAGGACACGCGAUGUUUUCUGAUGCGAAACUUAAAGGCAUGUUUACUCCUAAAUAGAGGCAUAGAUUCGGUUUAUUCUCUAUUAUAGAGUCACAGACAGAUGCGCUGCCGUUCAUCUCCAUGACGAGCAUCUGCUGGGGAAUUAAUCAACAUAUUUCACCGGAGCGCGCGAUGUCGGCUGUGUUUGUAGUUAUGUGCUCUCUGUCGGUUCUGCGCGUCUCGGUUGCGACGGAUUUACAAGAGUUCAACUGCAGCCGGGUUAAAGACGCGUUUACUUCAAUGGGGUUCAGUGCUACCGACGUGCCGACCGAGGAAAUAUCAGGAGAGGAUCUGCACGUGUGCACGUCACAGAGAACGUGCUGUAACACAGAAAUGGAGGAGAACUUCAUGCAGAGGAGCACACGAGACUUUGAAAAGCUCAUGGAGGACACGAGUGAAGACCUGAGGAACACCUUCAUGACCAGACAGAAAAGGUUUGAUGUUUUCUUCUUGGAGUUGUUGGAGAACACAGAGCGGUCUCUGAAUGAGAUGUUUAUACGUACAUACGGCAAACCGUACAUGCAGAACGCUGAGGUCUUCCAGGCUCUUUUCAGCGAGUUGAAGCGAUACUACACAGGUGGCAACGUCAAUCUGGAGGAGAUGCUGAAUGACUUCUGGACGCGUCUUCUGGAACGCAUGUUCCAGCUCCUCAACUCCCAGUAUCUCAUCACUGAAGAAUAUCUGGAAUGUAUCAGCAAGUACAUGGAGCAGCUGAAGCCCUUUGGAGACGUUCCCAAGAAGCUCAAGUCUCAGGUUACGCGAGCGUUCAUUGCAGCACGCACUUUCGUCCACGGACUCAUGGUUGGACGUGAAGUGGCUAACAGGGUGUCCAAGGUUAUCUUGAGCUCUGCAUGCAUCAACAGCUUCACCAGAAUGCUCUUCUGCUCUUACUGUCAAGAGCUCUUCACACUGAAGCCCUGUAAGAACUACUGUCUCAAUGUUCUGAAGGGCUGUCUCACCAACCAGGCCGAUCUCGACCCAGAAUGGAGCAAAUACAUUGAUGCCAUGUUGCUGUUGACAGAGCGACUGGAGGGACCGUUCAACAUCGAGUCUGUCAUGGAGCCGAUAGAUGUGAAGAUAUCAGAGGCCAUCAUGUAUAUGCAGGAGAACAGCAUGCAGCUCUCCCAUCAAGUUUUUCAAGGCUGUGGACAACCAAAGCCUUCUGGAAUGAGCAGGGCAGCCCGCGGCGUCCCUGACACAUUCAACGGCCGCUUUAGCCCUUACAACCCCGAGGAACUUCCGACCACCUCAGCUGGCACACGCCUCGACCGCCUGGUGAUUGACAUGAAGGAGAAGUUGAGGCAGUUCAGGAAGUACUGGUCAUCACUCCCGGAAUCCAUAUGUCAGGAGGAACAUGUGGCAGCAGCAGACGGUGUUGAGGAUGACUGCUGGAAUGGCAUUUCCAAGGGCAGAUAUGUCCCUGAGGUUCAUAAAGAUGGAUUGACCCAGCAAGUGAAUAAUCCAGAGGUCAGGGUUGAUAUAACCAGACCGGACACUCUGAUUCGACAGCAGAUUAUGGCUCUAAGAGUCAUGACCAACAAACUGAAGAACGCAUAUGAUGGAAAUGACAUCUUCUUUCAGGAUUCAAAUGAAGAGAGCAGUGGUUCGGGCAGUGGCAGCGGUUGCACUGAGACAUGCGUCACAGAAUCAAACUCCAUCGUCACAGAAGCUCCGUUUCAGGAAGCAGAGAAGGGCGAUGAAGCGUCAUCUUCCACUUCGACCGUCCAACCUACCCUCCUACUGCUGCUCCUCACUGUUCUGGUCCUGAAAGACCACUAGAGAUAAAGUCUGCUGAGCUUCUCUGAGACUGAUGCUGUUUAUUAUGCCUUAUAUCUAACUGGACCACUGAACUCAGUGAUAAAAUAUCACUCAGCGGCAAUUUGAAUCAUCUCAUCUCAACGCAGCACAAUGCUCUAUUUUAAGAUAUAAACAGUUUUACCACUACGCAUGUAGGAAGGCUAGGUUUGCGGAAUCCUGCAGAUUUUCAUCGCUCGAAUCAUUUCGGUAGGAAAUUCAUAAACUGUGUUUGUCAUGAACAUUUGCACAGUUAGUCUUUAAUUUGCACUAGCAUCUAUGCAGUUUGUGGGAACGUUUCUAUAAAUAUGUAGAAGUUGGAUGAUUGUAAAAAUAAUGAUGCCAUUCCAUAAAAAGAAACAUAGAUUUGUGGUAUUAUAAACUGAUGUAUCAUUUUUUUUACUUUUGUUUUCUACCUAACUGGAUCGGAUGGGAAUACGUAACACUUGUAUCAACAAUCAGUGUUUCGGGGAAACCAAACAUUCUUGGUCAUUUCAACUCCCUCAUUUUAGCACAUUGUUGUCUAAAAGUGUUUAUAUAUUAACGUUUUUGCUUUUUGAUCCCUUAUGAAAGUCGUCCAUCUCAGUAUUGUGUUGUAUUUGUCAGUAGAGCACUGAGCUUUUGUCUCAAUGGACUGAAUUAUUGCUCUGUAAUUAUAAGUGGUGUUAUAAUAUAGUUACUGCUACGCUUGUUCCUUUUUUUUGUGCACUCACUUGAAGUGUAGAGUUUGUUUCAAUAUUAGUCUUAUAAGCAUGUGCAUUUAAUUUAAUUUUGAUUAUUUACUGCUUUCCCCCAGAUUUUUAUAAGAAUGUAAUGUGAGCACUUUGAUAUUAAGAUGUGCAAUGCAAUUCGUUUUGUGUUUUGGUUUUCAGUUUCACCUUUGCUUUAGUUCGUUUUAAUUGUGCAUGAAUAGUUUGUAUUUUGUUUUUAUUUUUUUGAAAAUGGCUCUUUUUUAGUUUUAGGUUCGUUUUAGUUUUCAUCCAUUAACACCAAAAAAUAUCUGUUACACUUUAAAAUAAGGUUGCAUUUGUUAAAAUGAGUUAAUUACAUUAGUUAAUUUAAC